AUUGCUUUCAACUAUAAAUGAGUUUCUACAAAUAUUAAUAAAGUCGUUAAUAAAGUCGUAGUACCUAUUGUUAUCAUUACAAAUCAGUUCAUUUUUUAUAGAUCAUCGUUCUUUCUCUUUCACUGUCUCUCUCUCCCUGUCCCUCUCUCUGUACCUCUCUCUUUCUCGGCCUCUCUCUCUCGCUCUCGCUCUUUCGGUUUUCCCAUGCCCAUGCUCGCCAGUCUGAUAAACGUCCGACAGCAAAACUAAACGUUUAGCCGCGCGUCCGAGAGCGGCUCUUUCCUCAGAGAUUGUGUGUGUGUGUGUUUUUUUUUUUUGUUGUAGUCUUUCUUGCUUUGCCCAUCAUUCCCUCCUGCUCGGUCACACGCCACGCAGGCCAGCCUCUCGAUGCCUGCUCGUCACAACCAGCUGCCGCUGGUUAUUCGGUCUCGCCGUGCGGCCCGGCUGUGAUGCGAUGCGUGCCAGUAGUACGCGGUUUGUUGUCCUCAGCGGUAGUUCGGGUUCGGCGGGUCCGGCGUCAAACAAACAAACGAACUCAAGAGCAACAGCGAAAAAAAAGCGCGCGCGCGUGGUAUCGCUUUUUCGGCCGUUUCUCGCGGGACUUCAUUAUGGGGUGGUGGUCCGUGGUGUGGUGGGUGUUGUGAUCGCAAAAACCUACCCCACUCCGUUUGCAUUUCCCAGCGUGUACUGCUGCCUUCUCUCCUAAGCGUCCCUUAGCCUUACCUAAGGCGUCGGUAACUUCGUGAUCGUGUUUUCUCGCUAUACCGUUACUGCACACAGCGAGGAAGAUGUUGAGUGCUACAGCUUGAGGGCUCUGCAGUGGUGCUGUGACUUUUGUGACCAACUCCGCCAGUGAUGACGUGUGAAUCGUAGUGAGCCCAUCUGCACUGGUGGUACGAGUGAACUUGGUUUGAACGCAAGCGGCAGUUAAUUAUCGCUAUCGCUUCAAUUAACCCAAACCAAUAACACCUGUGUCGGACUCGUGUUGAGCGGGCGAUAUCUUCGGGCAGUCCCGCACCGAACCGGUACGUUCAGCAUGCCCGGCCUAGUGCCGGGGCCAUGGCAACGAGCAGUGUGCAGCCUACCUGAUUCACCGACGCCAACCCAACAAUUGGCCAGAGACUAUGUGCGACUAUGGUACCCUCUGCACCGGUGGCAUCGAGCGUUGUCGGUCGUUUGUGUGCAGCGGUCCACCGAUACAGAGCGACUACCGAGGGCGAGUGUCAACGGCUGCGCGCGCCUGCUGUGGAUGCGCACCGAACGACCAGUCCGAGUGUCCAGUCUAGGUUACGCGUGCGUAGACAGUGUUGCCGAGCGCUAGAAUUAAGCCCAUAGAAUCCCCCCCCCCCCCUCACUCUCCUUGUACGAACUGAGCAAAUAACGCACCACAGCUAGUGUACUGUAACGCCCUCGGCUAGCCUACCAAAGAAGCAGGAUGUCCUUCUCGUCGAACGAUACGAUGCGGCCGCUGGCACUGCAGCGCUCACACUCGCUGCCCCACCUGAUGAACUCCCGGGAAGAUUCCGGUGUGGCGCUGAGUGCCAGCGGUUCCUGCAGCGGACUCAACAAUCUCGGCUACGGUUCGGACGCCGGGUCGUCCGGCCGGCGGCACCGGCACCAUCACCACCACCACCAUCAUCGCCAUCACGAUCUGAAGAUACCGUACGGGGCGCGGCUCGUCGCCGAUCUCCGGCAGCUGAUAACGCUCAAGCAGCACUACUAUCCGGAAGGUGGCUGGGGCUGGCUCGUCACCUACAUCGGCAUCAUCAUCAACUGUAUCGCACACGGGCUGCAGCUGUCCGCCGGCGUAUUCCUACUCCAGACGGCACACAUUUUCCCCCACCUUACCGUUGCCGCAGACAUCUCGGCCAACCAUUUCUGGCUUUCUAUGACUGUAUUUUACCCGAAUCAGGCUUGAUGGGAUUCCU